AUGAAAUUGAAUUAUCAUUUUUUACUGAUAAUCAACAUAGAAUAUGAGCAAUCAUCUACACAAACAAUUUUAAAUGUGGAGAAAUCAUCUCAAAUUAUAGAUGCGGAUGAAACUAAGACAGAUGGCGCAAAUGAUAUAAAUGAAAUGUUAUCAGAACAUGAGCUUCGAGUGAUACCUAUUAAAUUGAUUUCAACUAUGAAUUCAAAUAAUAUAAAUGAUAGAAAAAAGCAUACAAAAGAAGAAGAGGAAGAAGAACAACAAUGGAAUACAAAAAUUAAUUUCAUUAAUUCAUCAUCUCAUGGAAACAGUUCUUUGUCAUUGCUCGAUGAUAUCGACUCAAAUAGAAUAAUUAAUCAUUCAUACAUAAGUGAUAACUUCAAAAUGAUGGAAAUUUCCGAUAUAUCAAAUUCCAAUUUGCAAAAUGUGUCAGAAAAUGUAAAUCGAUGGAAAGAAUCAAUAUCACAAGACAACAAUAAAGUUGAUAAAACAACAAUGAAAUUUAAAAAUGAUACGAAGGAAUUUGAAUAUGAACGAAUACAUUUGCAAGAAUUUCCAUCCGAGCAACAAAAGCUGUACAUUUCUCGACAAGGAAAAAAUGAAGAAAAACACGCAGAAAAUGGAAUUCAAUUUGAAUUUAAUAAUAGAAAUGAACAAAGAGAUAAAAUUGAAGAAAAUGAUGAAUUGAAGAGAAAUUUCUAUAAUAAUACAAGUGAAACACGUGUUGCAAUGCUUAAUGCUGGUUUUAAUCUUGAUACGACAUUACUUGCGACACCAGAACGUGAAACGCAAUUUACUUUCGUAAGAGAUCGCAGUAUAACAACAAGUGAAUAUUUCUCAGAUGAACAAAGUUGGAGUACUACAAUCACAGAAUCAUAUUAUCGACAGAAACAAACUCAUAUCGAACAAAUAUCAAAAUCAGUUGGUGAUUUACUUGAAUCAUCGUUGGAAGAGAAUUCUGAAGCAUUUUUCGAUGAAAUAAGCCAUAUUUCAGAUGCUACAUGUAAUCGUAUGAAACAUUCCGAAAUGGUAAAUUCAGAAAAAAUGAAUUUACAUAUGACACAUUCGUUGACCAAUAGUCUUGAAGCAACUGCAUUAAAAGAAUUUCUAGUAGCAACCGAUGAUGAAUAUGAUGCUAUUCCGGAAUUAUGCAAAUAUGAUGUUAAAGUUGGAAAAUCGGAACAGUAUGAAUCAUCAUCUAUAUUCGUAACCGGAAAUCAUGUAAGCGAAACAACGGAAACAUCAGUUAUGAGAAAGGAAAAUGAAAAUUACGAAAAUGUAAAUGAAUCAAAUGAAAAACACUUAACAACAUUUUGGGAAAUACCUGAAAGAAAUAUUCAAACUCAGAUUCCAUCAUCGAUAAAUGUCGAAUGUGAGAAUGAAAUAUUUCAAGAAACAAUUGCUAGCACUACAAAAACUAACGAAACCAUUGAGCAUAUGAUAUUAAAACCGGUAAACAUAACCGUAUUUGACACCAGAACAGAAAUUUCAAAAAUACAAAAGCAAAAAUUAGAUGAUAAUAUUAGUGAAAUUGAUUAUUGUCAAACAGCUUCACAACCUUUUCUUGUAUCAGUUAAAAAACAAGAUGUAAGUCAAAAUGAUGCUAUGACUAAAUUUGAUAAAAUUAAAACAUCAACUAAGGAAGCAUGGAGUGAAAGUGAAUCAGUAAACAAUGAAUUGUUUACUACCUUACAGAAAUUGCAAAGAUUGAUCAGGAAAUUGAUCAGGAAUUAUUGA